CCAAGACUGACUUACAGUGCAUGGGCUUGUGAGUAUGUGAAUAUUAGCAGACAGAUGAAGAAACAAAUUAUUCACAUUUAAGCGUCGGCAUGUGCAGUAGCUUCAGUACAUAACUACCAUUCUAUUUAGGCCUGUGAAUUGAGCAAAAACUUCAGAAACAGCAGCCAUGGCUACCCCUUCUCUGUCUCUCCCUGUAUGUCUACUGUUGCUGGUGACCCAAUUAGUAUGGGCAACCUCAAGAGAAAGGCAGCUCUAUAUAGUUCAUAUGGAUGCUUCUGUCAUGCCAAGAGCAUUCAAUGCACACCAGAGUUGGUAUGAUGCAAUCCUUUCAUCGGAAGCUUUUGUAUCAGCUGCAGAUGAAGAUGUUCCUGCAAGUGCGCCAAAACUUGUUUAUGCCUAUGACAAUGUAAUUAGUGGCUUCAGUGCUGUUCUCACAGAAGAUCAUCUUGAGUUGCUGAGGAAUUUCCCAGGUUUUGUUGCAGCAUAUCCAGAUGUGGCUGCUGUAAUUGACACUACUUACACUUACAAGUACUUGGGCCUGAACCAUGUCUCAGGGAUCUGGCCUGAAUCAAAGUAUGGGAAAGACAUCAUAAUUGGCGUAGUAGACACCGGGAUCUGGCCGGAGAGUGAGAGUUUUAAGGAUGAAGGCAUGGUGGAAAUUCCAAAGAGAUGGAGAGGACGAUGUGAGCAGGGUGUUGCCUUCAACUCCUCUAUGUGCAACAGGAAGCUCAUUGGAGCACGCUAUUUCAACAAGGGCCUACUUGCACAGUACCCCAACAUCACAAUAUCUAUGAAUUCUUCAAGAGAUACAGAUGGACAUGGCACAUAUACAGCCUCAACUGCUGCUGGAAAUUAUGCUGCUAAUGCUUCUUACUUUGGUUACGCAACUGGAACAGCCAGAGGUGUGGCUCCCCGUGCUAGAAUAGCUUCUUACAAAGUCUUCUGGAGUGAAGGAAACACUGGCUCUGAUAUUCUAGCUGGUGUUGAUCAAGCAAUUACUGAUGGAGUAGAUGUGAUCUCUAUCUCACUGAGCUAUGAUCGCGGCCCUCUCUACAAGGAUGCAAUAGCAAUAGCAUCCUUUGCAGCCAUGGAGAAAGGUAUCUUGGUGUCUGCCUCUGCUGGAAAUACAGGUCCCUCAUUCAGGACUGUUCGCAAUGGAAUCCCAUGGAUACUUACCACCGGAGCAUCAAUUAUCGACCGGAAAUUUGCAGGAAUUGUGACCCUUAGCAAUGGUGUCACAUUAAUUGGCUCAUCUUUGUAUGUUGGAAACAGAUCAAUAAGAGCAGUACCUCUUUAUUUCAACAGAAGCACAUCAACUUGCAGUUUGCCCCUGCAUCAUGUAAAGAAGAAGGUUGUUGUUUGUGAACUUGGUGACGAUUUGUGGUUGCAGACUUCCAGAGUUGCAGCCUCAGGAGGAGUUGGUGUGCUAUUUGUAACUAAUAGCAAAGUUGUGGAUAUCAGCAAAGGUAUGGGCAUUCCAACAGCAGUACUUAAUCUCAAAGAUUCAGGAAGACUAAAAAAAUAUGUGACAACCAGCAAGCAUCCAACUGUAAGCAUGAAAUUCCUGCACACAAUUACAGGCACAAAACCAGCUCCGGCCGUGGCAAAAUACAGCUCAAGAGGGCCAUCUUUCGGUAGCCCAACUGUGCUCAAGCCAGAUGUGAUCGCGCCAGGCAGUCUCAUACUAGCAGCUUGGCCUCCUCCUUCCUUUGUCACAGCUGUACAAAGGAAACCUCUGUUCAGUAGCUUUGACAUAGGAUCCGGUACAUCCGUGGCUUGCCCUCAUGCUUCAGGGCUGGCUGCAUUGUUAAAGUCAGUUCAUCCUCACUGGAGUCCUGCUGCAAUCCGCUCUGCCAUUAUGACCACUGCUGAUACACUAGACAAUACAGGAGCACCAAUUCAAGAUAGUGUAUCGAAUGAUCAGAUUGCAAGCCCUUUGGUCAUGGGUUCAGGUCAGAUCAGUCCUAACAAGGCCGUCGAUCCCGGUUUGGUCUAUGAUGCUGAUGGUAGAGACUAUGUGAGAUUCCUCUGCGCUCUGAACUACACCAGAGAACAGUUACAGACAAUUACUAAAAACUCCGAGGACUACGAUCUUUGCAGAAACUCAAGCCUUGAUCUGAACUAUCCAUCUUUCAUAGCAUUUGUAGACAAUGUCCAGUCCUCAGGUGUGCACAGGUUCAAGAGAACCGUAACCAACGUCGGCUUGCGUAGUUCUGCAACUUACACAGCAAAAUUGACACCAAUGAAUGGGUUUAAAGUCACCGUGGUGCCUGACAAGCUGAUAUUCAGGAGGAAAAAGGGGAAAGCAACCUUCACGCUGACAGUGGAGGCGAAUAAGCCCAUGGAUGAGCCCAUAAUUUCGGGAUCAUUGAGUUGGGUCGAUGACCAAAGGAAGCAUGUGGUGAGGAGUCCCAUUGUUAUUACUACCAUCAGAAGCAUUGAAGACUAACCAUAAGUGAUCAACGAGGAUGGAAAAAAACUCAUCCUCAAAAAGAUUUCACGAGCUCAGCUUAAAGCUGAUUGUAUUUGUAUGAUUGCUUCUGUUUAUUCACCUGCUGAUCUGAAACUAUGUAAACGUCGAAGUUGAUUGCUACCAAGUUUUUAUUGCAAAGGAAGCUUUCUCAUUGUUGCCCUGCGGUUGAAAUUUUCUUAUUGUACCUUUCUGUCAAAAUUGCC